GCCUAUAAAUGAUUUCAUUUAUUGUUUUUGGCAGAAUAAGUGACCCGACUGCUGCCGGUGCAGCAGGAAGGCGUGACCUCACUGCCUGAGCUCACAAGUAUUUAAAGGAGGUCUGAACAUGUAGUCUGUGAAAACACAAAGACAACAAGAAGACAAGAAGAUUUCUGCCUCCGGUCUGCGUUGUCUCAUUUUCUUCUGCCACUGAACUGCGAUGCCUUUAGAGAAGCGAUCAAUCAGGGACAGAUCUGCAGUGGGUCGGUAUCCAACUGUCACUCUCGGAUUGUGGGAAGACUCUGAUGAAGGAAAUGAAGAGCCAGAGGAAAACAAUCCUGAGGAAGAAAAUGCGUGUCGGAGGUGGCUGAGUAAGGUCUGCCCGUGCUGCUGUCCCCAGCCAGAUGGAGAUGACAUUACGGACACUGUGGUCACAGGGACUGAAGAUCCCAAUGAGGACAACGGGAUAAAUGGCGAGAAGCCUGCGACUGGUGAAAGCGAGCUUGAUGAACUCCUCCUGAACGUGAAAUCAAUUGACCUGAUGAAAAGUAAAUCAGGAGAGAACCGUACCGAGCAUCACACCGACCUCUACCAAAGUGACGACUUUAUUAUUCGCAGAGGACAGACUUUCCAGAUGUGGAUUACCCUCUCUCGACCCUUCAGCCCCGCCACUGACACACUUCACCUUGAACUCAAAACAGGGCCACUGCCAGCAGUGUCAAAGGGAACCCAUGUAAUCAUCCCUCUGGUGGAGGAGCUGGAGGACGAUCGCUGGGAGGCCGCUGUUGUGAGUCGGGAUGACAAAAGGAUGAAGCUGUCAGUGAAUUCCUCCCCUAAGGCGGUCAUCGGCCGGUAUCAGCUCACGGUGGAAACAAACUGUCCAAAUGGCCAGACUGUCUCCACACACGACCCUGCGAAUGAUAUCUUCCUGUUGUUCAACCCCUGGUGUGAAGAUGACACGGUGUUCAUGCACUCUGAAGACGAGAGGCAGGAAUACGUCCUGAAUGAUAUCGGACGGAUGUACUACGGCACAGAGAAUCAGAUUGCAGUGCGGACAUGGAACUAUGGACAGUUUGAUGAUGGGAUUCUUGCUGCUUGUGUCUAUGUCCUGGAGAAGAGUGGAACUCCUCCGUCUGGUUGGGGAGACCCGAUUACUGUGGUGCGAGUCAUCUCAGCCAUGAUCAACUCCCCCGAUGACCGCGGCGUCCUGGAGGGAGACUGGUCAGGAGACUAUUGGGGUGGAACUAGUCCAACAGUUUGGAGUGGAAGUGUGGAGAUCCUGAAGGAAUACCAUAAUAACGACGGCAGCCCCGUUAAGUAUGGACAGUGCUGGGUGUUCGCUGGCGUAUUCAAUACAGUUUUACGGUGUUUAGGCAUUCCCAGUCGAACUGUGACCAACUACAGCUCAGCUCAUGACACAGACGUCUCCUUGACAACAGACGUAUACCUGGACGAGAACCUGGACCCUAUAGAUCACCUCAACACCGACUCUAUCUGGAACUUCCAUGUGUGGAACGACUGCUGGAUGGCUCGUUCUGACCUGCCCCCGGGCUUCGGAGGCUGGCAAGCUGUCGACGCCACGCCUCAGGAGACCAGCAUGGGCACCUUCCGCUGUGGCCCUGCUUCUCUUGCUGCUGUCCGCAACGGUCACGUCUACUUCAAACACGACACUCCGUUUGUCUUCGCCGAGGUGAACAGCGAUAAAAUCUACUGGCAGAGGAACAUAGACGGGACCUUCAAACAAAUCUACAGUGAGAAAAAGAAGAUGGGCCACUUCAUCAGCACCAAGGCUGUCGGCACUGAUGAACGCAAGGACAUCACACACCUUUACAAACACCCUGAAGGCUCAGAGGAGGAACGCAUCGCUGUGGAGACAGCGUGUAGCUAUGGCUCCAAAGCAGAGGCCUACUCCUCUCCCACAGCGGAGGACGUCUCCGUAGAAGUGACCAUGCAGGGCGAAGGUCCUGAAAUGGGAAAAGAUGCAGAUCUGACCAUCGUGUUUCGAAACAGCAGCUCGGAGCACCGCAGGCUCCUCCUGCACAGCCAGGUGGCGGUCAUGUACUACACCGGCGUCCACAAGGCCACAGUCAGAAGGGACAAGACAGAUGUGGACUUGCUGCCCAACGAGGAGAAGAAUGUAGAGUGGACGUUGGAGUACAAAGACUACAAGGACCAUCUGAUAGACCAGGCCGCCCUGAUGCUGACGCUGUCCUGCCGGGUCAAAGAAACACAGCAGGUCCUCGCAACUCAGUUCAGCUUCCGGCUCAGGACCCCAAACCUCAAAAUGAAGCCCAUCGGGAACGCCGUGGUGGGGGAGAAGAUGGCGGUAGAGAUUUUAUUUACUAACCCGCUACCACAGGUGCUGAAAGACGUGAUAUUCCACGUGGAAGGACUGGGCCUCCUAACUGCUCGAAAGAUUCAUUACGGAGAUAUUGGCAGCCGUGCCUCGGUGUCUCUGACGGAGCACCUUGUCCCCACCCUGCCUGGACCGAGGAAAUUACUGGCUUCAUUGGACUGCAGGCAGCUCACGCAGGUUCACGGUGUGACCGACAUCACUGUGGAGGAAAACAGCAGCGGUGCUCUGUAGCCGUUUGAAAACGGAGGCACUUUGAAACUGAAUGGGUCUUAGAGAGGUCUGUUUUCAGCUCAUUUAUAUGGAAAGUUAGAGUUUAAAUUUAAAAAAGCAUGACACCACAGGGCUGCUUUAUUCAAGUCAAGUCAAAUUUAUUUGUACAGCCCAAUUUCACAAAUCACAAAUUUGCCUCAGGGGUCUUUACAACCGAGUACAACCCUCUCAUCUCUCCCCAAAAAUACCCUUUUAACAGGGAAAAAGAAAUCAAAGAAACCUCAGGAAGAGCAACAGAGGAGGGAUCCCUCUUCAAGGAUGCACAGACAAUAGAUGUCAUGUGUACAGAGUAACAACGUUAUGAAAAUACAACACAGACAAUCCAUAUGACAAAAAACAGAUAGAGCCUGAGCAACACGACCUCUUCUCCACCAUGUAACCUAGACAGAGGACAAGAUUUUUGUUUUUAGUUCACAGUUGCUUUGGUAAUGUAAAUGCAUGUUUCCCAUGCCAAUAAGCCCCUUUGGACUGAACUGAAUUGAUAGAGAGGCUAAAUCUCCUGGAGGACGGAGGUCCGUCAUGUGGAACAAAGCACCAACAGCCAGGAGAGGCAGAGCGAGGUCAUAAACAACAGACGGUUAUUAAGUCCCUGGUUUACGACUGACCAGGAAUACUUCUGUUGUUCGUCCCGUUACGUUGUUAAAUGCCACUCUUACAAACUAUUAAUGUUGGUUCAUAUUCCCAGUGUAGGGAGGAUCCUAAAUUGUGUGAUUUCAUUUCAUGAAUAAAUAGUUACGUGGCUGCGUUUUUUGGAAGCGAGAACUCCAAAUUGGUAAGCGAGUGAAGGUCUUGACACACCAAGCCGACAGUCGGCCGUCAGCCAGUUUGGGGCCGUCGGUGAGCGUCUGUCAGCCUAGUUUUUGCGGUGUGUCCCACUGUCUGCCCGGGUCGGAGGUUUUUCGGCCGAUUCAGCAUGUCGAAUCGGCGGCGGAGCUCGUCGGGGAGAGAAAUCACUGUUAUUGGCUGUUCGGCUUAAACGAAUCAGUGCACGAGAAGAGAAACGGACGUGAGGAAACAAAGCCAACGAGUAAAGUCAAGAGGAAAAGCACAGACGGCUCUUCUCGAUUUCAUCUUCAACAGCGACAUGAACAUCUGGAAUGAAGCUAAGUGGUGAGUAAAAGUGGUGUGUGGAUGGUCGGCAGACACCGCUUUGUUUCAUGUAACGUAUCAUAACAACAGCUUGUAUAUCCGCCGUCCUCGGUCUCCCGGUUUCCCUUUUUGAAUGACGAGUACAGACUACCGCCGCCUGCUGGUGUGGAGAGUUAUUUCAUCUCACGCAGGCGCAGAACGUACGUGGUAGUCGGCUGUUGGCUGUCGGCUAUAGUCUUUGCAGUGUGUUUGAGUGCAACUUUUUGGCCAAGACAAAGGUGACGUGAGGCGACGCAACUGGUGGCCUUCGUCACCUCUAGUUUUUUUAUGUCGGAUUAGUGUCGCCCCAGCUUUAAAAUUAAUAUUAUUCUCGUCAGCAGGACUACUAGGCUUAAAUUAUACGUUGAGACUGAGACCAACCCACCAGCCGAAUAAUAAAAGAAUAACUAACUAAUUGAAAGUUAGGGCAGAAAGACGGGUUUUGAGUUUGGAUUUAAGGCCUCCACAGAAUCAGCCUGUCUGAUGUCCAUAGGGAGGUUAUUCCAGAGGAUUGGGGCUCGAUAAGCAAAGGCUCUUUGGCCUGCUGACUUCUUUUCCACUGGAGAGACAGACAGGAGCCCUGUAUUCUGUUUUUGCAUCAAAAUGACCGCUGAGAGACGGCUAAUCAUGAAACAUCUAACAGAAAUGUGGGACAGAAUCUUUUAUAUUCUAUGAAAAUCAUUUACGUUGUUGCAGAGGCUGCAGCUUAAAUGAAAGAAGUUUUAUAUUUUUAUAAAGACAGGCUCUACACUAAGAUCAUGUAUUUUAUGCCUAUUUAUAAAUACAAUGUAUUUAUUUUGUCUACUUUGCCAUGUGUUGACAGUAAGAAUUGUUUUAUUUAAAUAUGUAAAUACUGCUUCAAAUGCUUUUGUUUUUAUUAAAACUAAAUAUAAUUAAAAAUGUA